AUCUUUCUUUCUGUUUCCUUUCCCCCUCCUUCUUUCCUUUCCCCCCUCCUUCCUUCAUGUUUUCGCUUCCCGCUUUUCGCUCAUCUUUCCUCAGGGUCCUCGUCCCAAGAUUCUCUAUCGUCCCUGGAACCAAUCGAUCCCUCGCAACCAUGGCGACAGACACUUCCAAGUAUAAGCUUAACCACACCAUGCUUCGGGUCAAGGACCCGAAGAAGUCUUUGGAAUUCUACCAGUACCUGGGUCUCAACAAGGUUAACCAGAUCGAUUUCCCCGAGAACAAGUUCUCCCUCUACUUCCUUGCCUACGAUGGCCCUCAAUCUCUCCAGGGUGACCGUCACUUCACUGACCGCAACGGCGUCUUGGAGCUCACCCAUAACCAUGGCACGGAGAAUGACCCCAACUACAGCGUGGUCAACGGUAACACUGAGCCCUACCGCGGUUUUGGACACAUUGCUGUUUCUGUGGACAACAUCGAGGCUGCCUGCAAGCGACUGGAGGAUGCCGGAUACCCCUUCCAGAAGAAGCUUACCGAGGGCCGUAUGCGUCACAUCGCGUUUGUCAAGGAUCCCGAUGGAUACUGGGUCGAGAUUAUCCGCCGUCACAAUGAGGAUGUUGGCACCACCACCGAUCCCUCCACCUACCGCCUGAACCACACCAUGCUCCGUGUCAAGUGCGCCGAGACUAGCGUCAAGUACUACCAGGAAGUCUUUGGAAUGACUUUGCUGCGCACCAUUGAGAACAAGGAUGCUGGAUUCAACCUUUACUUCCUGGGCUACCCUGGUGCCAACCCUGAGAAGCGAGAGGGUGCCACCAACCCGGUCUCUGAGUGGGAGGGUCUGCUGGAACUCACCUGGAACUAUGGCACGGAGAAGCAAGAGGGCCCGGUUUAUCACAACGGUAACACGGAACCGCAAGGUUUUGGACACAUCUGUGUCUCUGUCGAUGAUCUCAACGCUGCCUGUGAUCGGUUCGAGUCUCUGAACGUUAACUGGAAGAAGCGCCUUACGGAUGGACGGAUGAAGUACGUGGCAUUCAUCUUGGAUCCUGAUAACUAUUGGGUAGAGGUUGUCCAGAACGAGGCGCUUAAGCGUACUGGUAACUUGUAGUAGAGGGAUUGUGUAUCUAGCCGGCCUGCCGCACAUAAACUGAAGAUAUUAGCACUGUUGUAUUUGCCG